ACUUGGCCAUUGACAAUUGGCGUUUCGAUACGUCAUAGCGCAUUCAACUUAACUCAGUGUGAUAUCCAGGUUGGAACAUUCAGUUCUAAGUUUCCAUUUUUGUUUCUGCAUUCUUCCCGAAGUGCAGUUAGUACAAUGGAAAACAAAUACAACAUGAAAAGUCCCGCUGUGAAAAGGCUUAUGCGUGAAGCCCAAGAGCUGUCUCAACCCACAGCAGAAUACUUUGCCCAGCCAGUUGAUGACAAUUUGUUUGAAUGGCAUUUCUCUGUAAGAGGCCCAGCUGACUCGGAUUUUGAAGGUGGAGUUUAUCACGGUAGGAUUUCACUUCCUCCUGAAUAUCCUCUGAAACCUCCAAGCAUUAUGCUCCUCACGCCUAAUGGGCGGUUUGAAGUAAAUAGAAAAAUUUGCCUUAGUAUAUCUGGCCACCAUCCUGAAUCUUGGCUUCCUUCGUGGUCUAUUCGAACAGCCUUGUUAGCAAUAAUAGGCUUCAUGCCUUCUCCUGGUAUGGGGGCAAUUGCAUCUCUAGACUAUACCAAAGAAGAAAGGCAAAGGCUUGCAAAGAAAUCCUUGGAAUUUGUGUGCCCUGAAUGUGGAAAAAUUGUUAAUCUUCUUCAAGAACCCAGUCAAUCGACAAACGAAAAUGAAGCUGUUCAAGCAGAGGCUAGGGAAAUAGCUGCUCAAGUUACAAUGAAGGGUGAAUCAAACAACGAAAACCCCAUACAAGAACCUGUACAUACAGAAGAGCCCACUGCUAUCACUCAGCAGCAACUGCAACAACCAGCAGCAGCACCCAGUACGAAUAAUAAUGAUGUUUCAUACAACUAUAUUAUCGCUGCCAUCAUUGUGGCUUUAGCAAUUCUUGUGUUCCGGCGAUUUGCCUCAUUAAUGAUGGCAUGAAGAUCGCACCAAAAGAUAAAUAUUUUAUUGUUUUCCAAAUUUCAUGACUUGCAUGACAUUAGGAUGAAAGUACUGAUCAUACCCUGGCAGUUGUAUAUGAGAAACUGCUAGGAACAAAUGCUGUAACGGUGUGGUAAUGAAACCUGUGUAUGACUUGAGUAUUCAUUUACUAUCGCAAAUAAAAAAUUAUUACAAAAUUGCACUAAAAA